UACACUGCACGAGUCACCAUGGGUCGCCUUACUCCUGAACAGAAGAAAUUUUACAAAGAUAACGGUUACAUUUUACUCAAAAAUCUAAUUUCAGAAGAAGAAUUGUCGCGAGUUAUAGAUGAAUAUGACAAAUUAUUUAAGAGGAAGAAUCUGGAACAGAUGGAGAACUCUUGGGUUGGGAAGAACGAAGAUAACAGGAAAAGUGACAGUCCUUACACAGUAAAAGGAGUCCACAAUCUGCAACAUCAUCACUCUGUGUUUGGAAAGCUACUGUACAAUGAUAAUAUAUUGGACGCACUGGAGGAUGUGAUGGAGACAGAAAACAUCAUGCUGCAUCACACCAAAGCACACUACAAACCACCAGAGAAAGGGGCUUCCUACCCUAUGCAUCAGGAUUACCCCUACUUUCCCUACGAGAAGGAUUCCAUGGUGGCAGUAUUUAUCCACUUGGACCCAGCGACUCCUGAAAAUGGAGGAUUACUUGUAUACCCUGGCUCUCACAAACUUGGACCUCUAGAAGAUGUCGGAAAACUUCAGGGCAACUUCCAUUUUGUUGAUCAGAAAAAGUUCCCUAUUGAAAAAGCUACACCCGUUAUUGCUGAUCGUGGAGAUGUCGUCAUUUUCUCCUACUUUCUUGUCCAUGGCAGCACGCAGAACCUAUCUGACAAACCACGUCGUAUGUUCCUCGCACAAUUCGCGUCGGCGGACGACCGGCCUAUAGGAGACCAAAGACCGCAGCCUGGAUACGGCUGGGUGCUAAGAGGUGCGAAUUUCGCAAAAGAUGCUGCAACUUCGAAGCAUUAUGAUUAUAACUAAAAAAAUGUGUGUUUCCCCUGUCUCUAAUGGAAUGACAAUCGAUUAUGUUUGCAAUUUCGAAUGUACCUGCGUACCUAAUAAAAAUCUAAUUUUCUAAUUCAAUAAAGUAUUUUACGAUUGU